UCCUCUCCUCCUGCGCUUCCAGAAUCAACUGCCGUUCGUCGUUCUCACAGCACUCGACAUGGUUUUUAGCUGCUUUGGAAGAACCAGGCUUCUGUCCUCCCCGAAGGAUUCCAUUCACUGCUCCCUGCUGUCCGAGAAAAAUUGCGACUCGAAGUAUGAAGAUUACAGCGACUCGCACCUCGCCGAGAAGAUGGUCUUCACGCUCCACACCAGGUCAAUGUCUACUGGUGAACUCCGCGUGGCCCUAGAGGGAGCCAUCCGAGAGACGUCUUGGGCCGAGUCUAUCGCGAGACGUAUCCUUGGUCUUCUUGAGACUGCUCUCGCAGCGGAAGCAAGCAUGGGACCUGCUAUGAAGGAGGCAUUCAACAAAGCCAUGGAAUCAGCCAAGAAUAUCACAGAGCUCGGAGAAGAAUUGGUAAAGGAACAUCCUAUAAUUGCAGGAAUCGUCUGCGCCAUCCUCGCGCUGGGGAUUCUCUACCUACUGGCACCUGCAGUCAUUGAGCUUCUCGGGUUCACAGAACUUGGUCCUGCUCCAGGCUCGUUCGCCUCCCGUUGGCAUUCGCUUUACGGAGCCCGUGUUCCAAUCGGCUCGGUCUUCUCAUACAUGCAGAGGUUGGGCAUGAAGUGGAAUGGAGGCGUCGGCCUGGUCGCAAGGCUGUGAAAGAUUGUCAUCUCAAAAUGUACAGCGCUUCGACUAUCCAUGGCGCUGGUCCAGUAUCUCGUCCUGCGAUGUUAAUCGAGCUCAGACAGCGAUGAACCCUGGCGCACAAUGAGAAGGGUAUUAACCCGGCUACGUAUAUUGUAGAAAACCGAAGAACGCCUUCUCG